AUAAUAAUAGCCGAGAGAGAGAGAGAAGAAGGGGAAAAUUGGGGAAGAGGAAGACGAAACGGUAGCGCAGCGAAGGUUCGAUCCAUCGCCGUAGACGCAUCGGCACCGCCGCCGCCGCAUUUGUUUUUCUUCACCGCCCUGACCUAAUCCUCCGUCCGCCGCCGCAGCAGCUCCGGCGAGCCUCGAUGGCGUCGACUCCGAAGGCCGACGGAUCGGACAAUGUCAUCGCCGCGGCGCGCCACAUCGUGAGGAGCCUCGCCACCACCUCCGAGGCUGCCGACGACAUGAUGCGCAUCCUCUCUGCCUUCGACCACCGCCUCUCCACCGUGCCUGGCCUCUUCUCGUCCUUCCCCUCCGGGGACGAGGAGGACGCAUCUGGAUCGCCCGUCAACGAGGUGGAGCCGCCCUCUUCCUGCGCUGAGCCUUCCGAGAAGGAGGCCCGACUUAAGGCCGCUGAGAGGGUUAUUCUCCAUUGGGACCCCUCGAGGCCGGACUCCCUUCUCUGGGACUCACCUGAAACCGCCGCCGAUUACCUCGCCGCCGUUGACGAGGUCAUCGCCCUCGCGGAGGGUGAUUCUUUGGAUGGCGCCGAGGAGACUCUCCAGAUCGCAGUUGCCCGCCUGGGCGACGAGUUCCGUAACCUGAUGAUCCAGAACGCGGAUGUCCUCGACUCAGAGAACCUCCAGGAGUCCAUCAAAAGGCUCUCCAUUUCCUUCAGAUCCGCUUCCGCUAACUCUGCUCCAGAGGACGUAGGAGAGUCUCCUCCGCCGGAUCAGCCCUUGGCGACGCGGGUCAACACGAUGUACCUCUCGGACGAGCAGAUCUCCAACUUGAUCUGCCCUGAAGGCAUCUCCGACCUUAAAGAUAUCGCGGACCGGAUGAUCAAGGCUGGGUACCGGAAUGACCUUUGCCGGGUUUAUACCAGCAUCCGCUGUAAUAUCCUGGGUGAUUGCCUUUCCCUUCUUGGAGCUGGCGCAGUCACCAACAAAGAGGUGUGGAGCAUGGAGUGGACGGCUCUCGAUCACAAGAUGAAGAUGUGGAUCCAAGCCGUGAAACUAUCAAUUGGGGUCAUGUCAGCUGAGAGGCAGCUAUGCCAGCAGAUCAUUGCUGCCUCAGAUGACCUGAGGGAAGAGUGCUUUGAUGAGGUUGCAAAGUUCUGUGUCAUGCAGUUGCUCAAAUUUGGGGAUGCAAUAGCUGAAGGGCAGAGGUCCACGGAGAGGCUUUUCCGUAUGCUCGACAUGUAUGAGGCUCUAGCUGGAGUGUUGCCGGAUAUCCAGGCCCUUUUCUUGGGUGAUUCUAAGGAUUAUAUCUGGGAGGAGAUUCAAAGCGUUCUUAGUCGAUUAGGGGAAACAAUUAAGAACACCCUGGCAGAGUUUGGCAAUAUGAUUCAGGGAGAUAUGUCAAAGAAAGCAUUACCAGGUGGUGAGAUCCAUCCACUCAACAGGUAUGUUAUGAAUUACGUCAGAUUGCUUGCGGAAUAUAGCACCUUGCUCAAUCAACUUCUUGAGGAUGGUAGUUUCAAUGGACAAGAUAGCUCAGAAGGGGGUGAGAGCAUGACUCCAUUGGCUCACCGAGUGCUCUUGCUUAUAUCUUACCUGGAAGCAAAUCUGGAGGAGAAAUCCAAACUUUAUGAGGAUGCUGGAAUGCAAAAUGUGUUUCUGAUGAACAAUGUGCUUUACAUUGUUAAUAAGGUUAAGGAAUCUGAUCUGAUGUCCCUUUUAGGUGAUAAUUGGGUCCGUAGGCGGAGGGGGCAGAUCCGACGAUACUCUACACAAUACUUAAGAGCUUCUUGGACUAAAGUCUUGUCUUGUUUGAAGGAAGAGGGGUUGUCUGGGAGCUCCCAUGGGUUCUCCAAGACAGUUCUCAGAGACAAAUUUAAGAGCUUUAAUCUGGCUUUUGAAGAAGUAUAUAAGAUUCAAUCAGAAUGGAAAGUUUCAGAUCCUCAGCUACGACAGGAAUUGAGAAUCUCAAUAUCGGAACAGGUCCUUCCAGCUUACCGUGCAUUUCUUGGGAGGUUUGGCCCGCAUUUACAAGGUGGAUGGCAUUCAGGAAAGUACAUCAAAUACACAGUGGAGGAUCUGGAGAGGUGCUUGGAGGAUUUCUUUGAAGGGCUGCCUCUGCCAUCAAGUUAUUUUAGGAGAAAGCUUAGCCUGCCUUAGUGGAUUCUGUACAGUGGUUUUGAUGAGCAUUGUUGAACUAGAAUAGUGAGUGAAUAGAGAGUUGCAAUGGAAAGGUAACUCUCUAUCCCCUUUUAUUUCAUUUGUUUGCCAUUCAUCCUUCCUUGGUCUACCUGCCUCCUCUUUCAGCUGGAAAAUUGUCAAGUAAUUCUUUCUUUCUUAUGGUUUAUGCUUAUCUCUGUUUCCUUAUUGGACUUUUGUGACUGAAUCUGCUAUUACAUAAAUGAACAACAUACCUUUAUUUAUGAUGUAUGCUACAGGUUGCAAAAAUUAAAUGACUUAACAAAAUUUUGAUGAACAUAAUAUUUGCUUCUUAAUUGUAUGUUAAUUACAUUUUUCAGCAAUGAUGACUGGCUUUUUAGUUGCACAUAAUUGCAUCAUUUGAUUAACAUUUAGGUUGUGUCUAAAAUGUGCUUAUCAAUUCAAUGAUAAGUAACCUGUUUUAAAAUGUGCUAAUGGAAACGUAAGGGUCUUUCAGAGUUUGUUGCAUGCUGUUGGCAAAAGAACUGACACUAGCAGUCUUAAAUGACCCACUUAUUGUGAUCCAAUGAAUUAUUCAUGGUCGUUUCUGCAAGCAUUUCUAUACUAUCUUUCAGUCUUAUCUUGGUGUUGGCUAGUGCAAAUAUAUACCUAGUUAUGCUGACCUGUUAUUCUUUUUAUGAAUUGGUGCUCCGUGCACAUAUUGUUGGUUGCUACUCGGAAAACCUAUAGGUUCCACUGUACACAAAUUUUGUACAAAGGUCUGAACCUUUUCCUAGCUACCAUGUG